AUGGCAGGUAAUAAGGUAUUUCUUCCAUGUGACACUCAGCCCAGUGCUCAAGACAAGGUGGACAUGGUGCUGUGGUUCAAAAAGGCUAAUGGGCAACCUAUUUACACUUAUGAAGUGCGCGGGCGCCCAAUGAGUCAGCCGAAAUCGUCAUCCAGUGCAAUUGGUACUCGAGCCUACUUCUACGCUACGGUCACUCCUGCUAUUCUUUUAUUGGAACAUGUGACUCCAGCAGAUAGUGGAAUAUACUGGUGUCGGGUAGACUUCCUACGCUCAGCAACACGAAAUUAUAUGGUUAAUUUGACAGUCAUCACUCCACCGAAUAGACCGACCAUAAUUGAUGAGAGGACGCAGCACUCAAUUCGCUUGUUGGAACCAUAUAAUGAAGGAGACACGAUGAAGCUAUUGUGUGAAGUAAAUGGAGGAAUUCCACGGCCAAGUCUCAUAUGGUAUUUAGAGAACACAAUAAUAGAUGAGACGUUUGAAGAAGAGGACAAUGGAGUUACCAGCAAUGCAUUAACAUUCCCAAGAUUGGGACGAGAGCAUCUUAAUGCUAGGCUUAGUUGUCAGGCCUCCAACACAAACUUAUCGCCACCGCCGAGUAAAGUGAUUAUCAUAAACAUAAACUUGAGGCCUCUCAGUGUGCAGAUAGUGAAGAAAGAAGAACAGCUUUCUGCUUACCGAAGUUACGAUGUGGAGUGCAUCGUUACUGGUUCUCGUCCUGCACCGCAGAUUACCUGGUCGAUAGGUUCUAAGCCUCUAAGAGAUAAUGUCAUUAAUGUAAGUGGUUAA